UUUUACCUGAUUAAUGUUGCAUGAAGAUGAUGUCAUUAUCUGAAGAGGGCAUUUGUAGCCCGUCGUCUUCAGAUACAUCUACUCAAAAUUUGAAGGAAAAUAAAUAUAUUACUGAAGUGCAUAGAGACGUUUCAAAGUGGACUCAGGUAGAUUUAAAUAAGUUAGGAAUCCAUUACAGAGAAUCUGCUAUUCCUCUCCUUCGGCUUGAAGAGCUUGCCAAAAAAUCAGGCUUGACACAUAAUUCACGAGGAAUAACACAGGUUUCAGGAUGCUUGUUAACACUGGAAAAAUUUUUGAGAGAUCAUUUCAAAUUAUCUAUACCACAUGACAAUUUGAAGAGGCACAUGCCGCGACAAAAUGUUAUGGAAUAUUUUACAGUAUAUUAAUGAAAAUCGUCAGAAAUUGUGGGAAGACUUGACAAAGCUUGAAAAACAAACUAAUUUUGGCGAGAAAGAGAAACGACUAUUAAAUGUGUUGCAUCUAAAAGUUCAGGACUACUUGUCCAGUCUAGGAAGGUUUGUGGUAGCACGAGGCGAUGGUCCUGUCCCAGAGAUUGCGUAUAUACAGCUCGUCAUGGAUUUUCUGCGUAUUUUCUUUCUGUUACCUCAACUUGGAAAAUCAAAGACUACACAGAUGAAGAUUGGAAAGCAAGAUGUGGUUAGUGCCCCAGACCUUCGCUUUGAAGAGUGUCCUGGACCACAAUUGAUAACUUUGUUGAGGAUGUCAGAUGAGGCCAGCACUUCCUGUGAAGAAGAAGGAUCCAAUUCUAAAGAUUUCAGCAUUCAUAGUUUGCCUGAACACAUUUUGGGUCAGCAUGGAGGAGAAUUCUACUUGAAGUUGCCAAUUCAGUCUUCUACCCAGGCAUACUAGGAAUCAUAUGCCUGAGAACAAAGCUUAUUUUUACCUACCUGGAGUUGACAGAGGACCACAUCGACCUCAUUCAGAAAGGAUGUUCAGUGAAAGAUAAAGGUGCCUCAAUCCAGUACACAUAUCCUUAUGAUUUCUGGAGCCCAGAUGAUAGAAAAGAAAUAUAUAGAACUCUCUUCUGGUUAGGACAUCUUCAAACGUCUAGUGAAUGGCAUUGGUGAUGCUUCAACAGGAACAAGAUAGUCAUUGCAAUUACAUUCUGGAGUCAUAGAUUAUUUUCAGUCAACUUUGCAACUGUUGUCAGUAAAUAAAUUGCUUUGUUAUUGUACUGUUUCUUAUUAAAAGUUUUUCACAAUUUUA